UUAUAUCACUACGCCAGAAAAUGGCAGCGACUCGCCGCCGUCCAAGGACACGAAGCAAGGUAAGCAGCACGUAUCCUUCUGAUGCUACCGCGUUUCUGAAAUACCCUCAGAUGAUGUGACAACAGAAGUUAGCACUGAAGUCCGCGAAACGUCGACGGCCGUCUCUACUUUCACGCGGACGGUGUUCCUCGAGCAACCCGUCGACGGAAGCAAUGUGAGCGCCAAGCUCCAAGAUGGAAUCCUGAAGAUCCAGUUGAAGAGGGCACACGAUCAGGAUAGCGUCCUGGUCAAGGUCGAUUGAAUGUCGAGAAUGGUCUGUAGUACCAGGGCACUGUCCUCUCAUGUAUCUCUCUGUUCCCACUAGUCCCGUUGUGCACCCACUUUACACUACCAUAUUCCGCGUCUAUCUACAGUAUCUUAUUCCCUGAACAGUGAAAAUUUGAGAGCCGCACGAAUUUCAUCAUGCAGUCACUCAUCGUCAAACGCGUCUGAAGAGAAAGGACUGCGAUCACGCGGAAUACGAAACGCGCUUGCACGUGACGGAUCACAAAAGUCACUUGUACUACUACUUUGCAGUGACAAGACCCUCAGCAUGGCCGGGAUGAACAACCUUCUCGCAUUUUCCACCUGUCAUAGGCUCAUCAACAAGAGAUCUCUCUGGUCGUCUCUGAACCAAUCCACCAUCCGCACUGCAACUUACGCCACGAAGCCCAAACCACCGCUGCUGGGUCGGUACACGACCAUUCCGUAUGAGCUUUUCAGGAUAAACGCGAGUCAGAAGGUUAUUCUCAGGGACUAUGUGGACCAGCAGAAGAAAGGGAGGAGCUCUUAUGAUCUGGUGGUUCAUGAGGAUGGAUUGGUGCACCCCGGCCGGGAGACACAUUCGACGGUGCACUCGCUGUUAGUCUUCUGUAGGAACGAUGGGACUAAAGCGUGCUGUAGGUCCAAAUGGCGCGUCUAUGCGGCCGGAUGGGGCUAUGCUGCAAGAGGUGGUGAGGAACUUUCGAGGGAAGAACACGACGAUAUACCGAAUCCUUCCUGGUACGUGCAGCAAAAGUCUCUUCCAUUAUGCUGCCCAUCAAACCCCCUUGACAGGCAAAGAGCUUCCCGAGGAUCUGAUACUCCUCCAUGAGCACUCCGACCACCAUUCUAUCCAGUGCCGGGUACCGAUGACGCUUGCCCAACUCAACAAAAAGGUUACGCAGUUUUGCAUCGAAAACUCGGAGAAGAUGACAAAGGAGGAAUUCGUGGAACGGUAUCCAUUUACAGUAUAGUAGCCAGUGUCCUCCCUGUAGACCCAGUCGAGUUAUCGGGAGCCGUGACCGACUGUCCGCUCAAUCAGAAAUGAUUCCCAAACCGUGACCGACUACCUUCUCCGACGCGUCAACUUCUGAGACUGGAGCCAGCUUGUACAGCCGUAGACCUCUCUCGUGCACCAGGCCAACCUACCACAAACUUUCAGUGCCGAUUCUGACUGCUCUAUCACUUACAUGGAAUCUGUGUCUGUCUCACUCAAUGGAACACCAGACUACGACCAUGAGCCCGAAUACGAUUUGGACCAAUCUGUAGAAGAGGACGUGGACCAACUGGCAUCCGAAAUGGAGGAAGAUGCUGUUGAAAGAACCCCAGGGGAGAGUCUGCUCCCAUCCCUGAGACUCGCAAGUAUAAUAGAGUCGGAAGGGAAACUGGCGCUCUCGAAAGAAGGCCUCUUCAUCCUCUCCAUCGCCACUGAAGAAUUUGUGAAGAGACUCGCUCAAGGCGGGCAUCGGCAGGCCAAGGCCGAAAGCCGCACUUGUGUCGUCUAUCGGGACAUGGCUGCAACGACUCAACAGUAUCAAGAGUUCAUGUUCCUUCGAGAAACCAUCCCCCAGCCUGUGUCCCUGUCUGAUGCACUUGAACUGAGAGAAUUGCGGGCCAAAGAGAUCCUGGAGAACGAGCCUGCUCUGAUUGCCCCCAUCGACCUGCCAUCUACGGCCAUCUCCACCGUCAAAUCGAGGCCGAAGACUCGUGUUGUCAACGGAACGGCGGAAAAGUCGACUCGGAACGCGAGUGUCAAUCGACCAGCCGAAGUUCGUCAAACAAAUACAAGGGCGGGUCAAGAAAACGCGACGCGCGUGUCAAGCGGACAAUCAAUAAACCCUGCGACGAGCAGUGUCCAGGUUCUCAGCUUUGUCGCCCAGCCAGCUUCGACGGGAGAAGAUGCCGAGAAAUCUAUUUCAUUGUCGAGCGUUGGCGGGGAGCCGCAAUAUACUCGAUCUCCUCCCGCGUCGGCCCUUGCGACUGUGGCUGGAAAGACACCUCCUGUUUCCAACGGCCCUACCAUUCGGAUCCCUGGAUUCACGAGCGUUCCACCACGGAGCAAAUCACCGGACCACCCCAAGCCUUCGUAGCAGUCAGAUGCAGAUAGUUUGAGAUCACCUCUCUGCAUGUUUUUGUAGCUUGGUCAUAUGUCGUCGUAUUCCUCUUUCUUCCUCCCGCACUUGAUGUCCAUAUGAUCUCCAUUAUCUGACUUGAUUAUGCAAUCAGUCCUCCGAUAAUCGUUAUCGCACCUGGUUUAUCUCGAGCCAUAAUGUCGGCCAGUCUCCCAGUCAUCAAUAUCGCUCCAUACCUGGACUUGGAGAAGUACGAUCUCGCGGCAAGGCAGGAGACCUCUCGGGCCUUACAUUCUGCCUGCAUCGAAUUCGGCUUCUUCUACUUGGACAUCUCAGAUUACGUCGAUCCUAGCGUCCCCGAGGAGCUCAUAACUCUCGCAAGACAAUUCUUCGCGCUGCCGCAGGAAGAGAAGGAUGCGUUCUCGCUGAACAAUCAAGACGGAGCGCGAGGGUAUCAACGACUGAAAGAGAAUGUCACGAAUGGCAAAGCAGAUAACCAUGAAGGCUUUGACUGGUACAAGCCUGUAGAGAACCCAGAUAAGGACAAACCGCUGUGGGGUGAGAAUCAGUGGCCCACCGUCCCGAGGGAAUUCAAGGAGAAGUACGAGGCAUGGAUCGACAAGAUGACCGCACUCGGGCUGAUAACUUGAAUAGAAUGUCGGUUGGACUGGGGAUGACUCCAGAUGAAUGGCAGGAGCUCCGGAAACAGGUGGACGACAGCUUCUGGGUUAUGCGCGCAAUCGGCUACCCCCCUUUGCCCAGCGACGAAGAUGGAUUCUCAUGUGGUGCACACAAAGACUACGGGUGUCUUACGCUCCUGUAUGCCGAUCCGACCCCUUCAGCUCUUCAAGUGUAUCGUAGGAAUGGAUCCGCGAGGGGAGUCUGGAUCAAUGCAGAUCCGCUUCCUGGCUGCAUUGUGUGCAAUAUUGGGGAAAUGUGGGAAAUAUGGACGAACGGUCUCUACAAGUCAACGCUGCACCAGGUGGUCCAUCGUUCAUCCAACUAUCGGUAAGCUAUUAUCCCAUCGCGUGAUCAUAAAUAUCUUGAUGGUCCCAGAAUCUCUAUUCCAUUCUUCUUCGAACCUAAUUUCGACGCAUUCGUGAAGCCACUGGAAGCCGUCAAACGAAUCCAAGGGAACUCGGGUGAAGGCAAAGUCGAACGCUCACCCGUUAUCUAUGGCGAUUUUUUGAAAUCAAAGGUUGCCAACAACUUCACCGGCGGAAAAGGAAAGUAUGAUUGAGAAUCUACCUGAGGCUUAUUGGUCCAGUGUCCGUAACAUCAUACUGUGAAUUAUCUAGACGAGACGCUUAUCGAUUAUCAAUCAGUAGAAAAUGAUAAUUAGGUAAGAAUUAUCUGUACUUACUGGAUCAUCGUAAAUGAGUUUGACUCGUUUGCUUUCUUCCUUCAAGUGGAGAGAUCAUCUGACAUCUUCACGAUUUCUUUUCCGUCCCCGUCCCCGAAUCAUGGAUUUCCAAACUAGCGUCUCCAAGUUGAAGUCUCCUCUGAAGGAUCUUGUGCUGGCCUUCUCCAAAAACGGAACGGUUCAUGUCGGAAAGCAGGAGGCAGAUUCGCGCGCCGUGAUCGACUGGAUCGCGCAGAUUGAGAAGGGCACAUCGGUCAACGAGCCUGGGCUCAAGGCUUUGAACGCUGAGCUAGUGCCCAAGACUUACCUCGUGAACAACUAUCUGACCGCUGCCGACGUUGCUCUCUUCGGCGCCCUUCACCCUGUUAUUUCAACAUCACAACCGGACCAAUACUUCGCUCAUCCCAGUGUGACGCGCUAUUUCGACCACAUCCAGUCGCUGACCGUCGUACGCGAGGCUGCAGACGCGUUUUCUCCUGCGUUUGCUGCGGUCGCAUUCGAUUUCACUAAGGCUCCUGUCGUUGAAAGGACAGCCGAGGCACCCAAGAAGAAGGAGAAGAAGGCACCCGCGGCGGCUCAGGAACCUGCAGCCAGCACAUCCGCAGCACCGCCUGCGGUCUCUGGUGCGUCAGGAGCGGAGACUGCCGCCCCUGCGAAGGAGAAGAAAGAGAAGAAAGAGAAAGAGAAGAAGAAAGAUGCUGGUCCUGACGCUGGAGGCAAGAAGAAGGGCGCUGCUCCAUCAAAGGCCGUUGCUGCAGAAGAGGCUGGUGAACCUGUUCCCUCGAUGAUCGACCUCCGUGUUGGUCACAUCGUCGACAUCAUGAAACACCCGGAUGCUGACGGUCUUUACGUCGAGCAAAUUGAUAUCGGCGAAGAGACUGGCCCACGGACAGUAGUCUCUGGCCUCGUGAACUAUAUCCCCAUCGAACAGAUGCGGGACAAAUAUCUCGUUGCUGUCUGCAAUCUCAAGCCGGCAAGCAUGCGCGGAGUAAAAAGUUUUGCGAUGGUGCUUUGUGCGACCUCAAAGGACGGGAAAGAGGGCGGCAUCGAAUUAAUCCAGCCCCCUGCUGGUGCGAAGCCAGGCGAUCGAGUCUACUUUGAAGGGGCUGAAUUUGAAGCUGCCACUCCUCUCAGCCAGCUGAACCCAAAGAAGAAGAUAUUUGAGACAAUCCAGCCCGGAUUUAUCACAUUGGACUCUAAGGAGGCGGCUUGGAUCAAUCCCGCGACAAAAAGCGUCCACAAGAUUCGAACGAAGGAUGGCGUCUGUGUGGCGCCCACUCUGAUCGGUGCCUCCUUGUCGUAGACCAGUAUAUUGUGAAUAUGAUAGACUCUUGCAUAC